AUGCACUACGUGCUGAGCUCGGCAGAAGACGAGAAAGUGCAUGGAAUGAGAGUACUGGUGAUUGGUAACGUGGUGGUAGCUAGUAGUAAAAUUUCAGACCAAAGUGGGCAUGACACACAGGCGGAAGGAGACGCUGCAAAUGUUGCUAUGGUUUUUGAUGCACUGACUUUGAGAGUGGAAGAGCUAAGAGUGAGGCAAACAAUACUGGAGGCCCAAUGGAAUUUGCAACGCGUUGAUGGUGCAAGUAUGUGGAAACCGAGAGCAAGACAUGCUCACAGCAGCGUCGUCGUAGGUGGAGAACAAGUGUUCGUGUUUGGAGGCAAAGAUGCAACCUCAUCGACGUUUUUUAACGACAUCUUUUACUACGACUCUUCAUUAAAUCAGUGGGUAAAGCCGACAGUGAGUCCGACAGGACAGCUGCCGCAGCCGCGUGCAUUUGCGGGACUGACGGCGAGUGAUGAUGGAAACACGUUAUUUUUGUUUGGUGGAACGGAUGGCAAACAAGAAUUUGGAUCACUUUUCUUGUACGAUGUAGUGCACUCCCGGUGGGAUUCUUUGGCGGGCGCGACGCUGGGAGAUCGACCUUCAUGCCGCAUCAACCACUCUAUCACUUUCGUGGCACCAUGCCAUUUGGUGCUUUUUGGUGGACGACGGCGUGCGAUACGUGAGAACGAGCUCUUCAUUUAUAACGUCAGCACACGCGUUUGGCGCCUUGUUCAUGGUGAUCCAAGCAACAAUCGAAGACUAAACCGCCGACCAAGCAGCCAAGCGUCCCGACAUAAUGAAGCUCCUGUCGGACGGACGGCACAUGCCACGGUUUUGUUGCAAGCAGAUCCUGUGGGAUUAGAUGCUGUUCAAAAGUUGCUUGUCUUCGGUGGUUACGCAGGUUCGCACCAGUGGCUGGACGAUCUCUAUUUACUCGCUUUGUCCCAAGCUGUACUGACGCAACCACCGUCUUCUAUCGGGACCCCUUCUCGAUCAAUUUCAGCAACUCCCGAAUCUGCAGCUUGCGUAGCUCUUUCAGCCUUACAGCAGUCACUUGAAACACAUCAAUCAUUACAGUCGGUCUGUCUGCACGAAAAGUCGAACCAGUCCGUGGGUUUGCGUCAGAAAUGUGCCCCGCCAAUUGAGAUGCCACAACAAUUGUCAGAAUCGAUUUGCUGGUCCCGAAAGCAACAGCCUAAGCCAAGAUCUCAGCCUAACCCAGAAAACUUACACCGAGAGCAGUCUCAGUCGGUUCUCCAUAGCUCUACUGCUCCAGUGGCCAUUGUCAGCUCUUCACCCCAUCAAAAACCUAUGCCAACCAGACCCGUGCGGUUUGACAGCAUUAAGCAAGCUGCCGCUAUCACUGCCGCUUCCACUGGCAGCAGCGUGUUGUCCGACAUCACCAAUCACACUGGAUCUUUUGCGCAGAACCGACUACAGCCGUCGGUAGAUGCUUGCAUUGUAGGCGCCUCUAACACAAAAGAUGGUGAGACGUUACCUGGUGCUGCAAAGAAGCACAAGCGACGUCGACUUGAAGAAGACAACCAAGAAAGGAACAACAGCAACAGCAGCAACAAAAGCGGGGAGCUUACAACAAUGCAGCUUGGUAUCCAGACCACGUUAUUGCAGUUGCUACAAUACCAACCACGCGUGGAAGGUACACUUGCUCGUAUUUUGUCAAUGCUGACAAGUGAACAAAUUGCACGUCGACAGCAGAGUAUGACCGAAGAGACCUUGAUGCGAGCUCACAGCGAGGAGCAAAGCAAGCUCCUUGAAGCUGCUUCUCGGCGGAAUGAGGUGUUAGAAGGACGUCUAGCGCAAUCUGAGGCUGAGAGGGCUUUGCUGCAUGAAAAGAUCAUGACACGUGAGCUCUAUGAGCGCAAUCAUAGCCUCGUGGAGGCAAUACAAUCACUGAACCAGCGGGUGCAGACCAUUGAAUCCUUGCACAUGCAGCAGCUGAAGGUUUCACGAGCUAUUGAACUAAAAAUCUCAGCGGUUCACGACUUUAUGCACGAGCUGCGUAACACUGAAGGUGAAGGCACUGAGACCAAUGGUCUUCUACAACAACGCCUAGGGCAGUUUAAUGAUCCCGUGACGACACAGCCGACAUCAUUGCCACCAAAGCCGUUGCUAUAUCCACAGCAGGUGGUGUUAGCUCUGGAGGAGAAGGUUCGGGUGAUGGAGUUGGAAAAAAAGCUCAAGGUAAUGGCAGAAAAGCUGAAGAGGAUUGAAGGGCGAGAAGCUCAGGCGCGGCAAUUUUUUUUCUCAUGGUGCCAAGGCGACAAUCCAGCACCAGCGGCUGAUGUUGCAGUGCCGAUUGACACUUCAACCGUCCCAGUAAUCGCAGCACCUAUAGAGUCACAUCUUGUUAAUGUCUACACAUGGCUUUGCUUUGUACAUGGCCACACUUAA